GUGUUCAAAAAAUAUUACGUUUCAUCAUUGCAGAAAGAGUAUAAAUACCAAAAUUUAACCUAGAAGAAUCACAAGCAAACCAAUCUUCACCAUGAAAGCAUUCAUCGCCCUUUGCAUUUUGGCUGUCGCCUCCGCUGCUUCAAUCUCCAGUGAUAAAGAAGCUCCAAUUAUCUCACAGAGCUCCGACAUCAGUCCAGAUGGUUCCUACCAAUCCCAGUAUGAAACCGGAAACGGUAUUUCCGCUCAAGAAUCUGGAGUUUUGAAGAAUGCCGGUCAAAAAGACGCUGAAGCUUUGGAAGUGCAAGGCUCCGCCAAAUGGACUGCCGAUGAUGGUACACCCAUCCAACUGACAUACAUAGCCAACGAAAAUGGAUACCAACCACAAGGUUCUCAUUUACCCGUAGCUCCAGAACCACAACCAAUUCCAGCUGCCAUCCAAAGAUCAUUGGACUGGAUCGCUGCUCACCCACAAAAAGAAGAACCUGGCAAAAAAUACUAAUACUAAACUACGUGAUAAAAAAUUGUAAAAUGUUUGUUAUAUUUUUUUAUAUUAAAAAUUAAUUUCAUACUAGCU